AUGAAUUAAAUAUAAACUGAUGUUAUGCAUUAAAUAUUCUAAUAGGCAGAUUUCCAAUCAGAUCAACAAUAUACCAGACAGGACUUCCUGGAAUACUUGAAUUCUUUGAUAAAUGAUUAAUUCCCCUUCGAAUUAAUAGAAUCCGUCGAACAAGAUUAUUCAACCCAAAUCAAUCUACUCACUGUCGAUGAGUUUGUGAACCUCAUUCUCUAAGAAUUUAAUACCUAACUCCAAAUCAAGCAAGAUGCCAUUAAUCAGAUCGAAACAUACAAAAAUGAAUAUAAACAACUCCUGGAGGAAUUGAAAAUAGCCAAAAAGGAAGAAAAUCUAAAUGAAUAAAUCGACAUUGACAGCACUCUAUUCAUCACCGUUUGUUCUGCAGAAUGCUUGAAACAAUCUCAAUAUUAUGUCACUAUUACGCUCUUCAAUGAAGAAAAGAAUACUCAGCUAUCUUAGAUAACUAACCAUCCCAUGUGGCAAGAGGAAUUCAAAAUUCAUGUAUCCUCACCUUACGGCUAAAUUAUCCUUGAAUUAUUCAAUUCAUCUUCAAUCUUAAUUGGCUAAUUGAAAUUGCCACUCUAUCAAUUCAAAGAUCAGUAGAGUUCUAAUCAGGAUUAUAUGUUGGAGGAUGAGCAUGGAGUAUUAAUAAACACUAAAUUAAAACUGAAUUUAACUAUUUGGUGGAUUCAUAGCAGAGUUGCUUUGUUGGAAGAUCAAAUUAGCUUUAUUGAUGAGUAUAAAAAAGAAAUUAAACAACAACAAGACAUAAUUAAAAAAAGCAAUCAUUUUAUUGAUAGUUGUCUUUCAGCAUUUGAUAAAUCAAGGAUUGCCAAAUUACAUCAACAUCCUUAUGAAGUUAAUUAAGAACCUGACUUCUACGAUGAAUCAGAAUGGACAAUCAAAUUUCAGAAUAAAAUGUAUUAGAUUGCAAAACAAUUUAAAAAUGAACACCAAGACAGUCUAGAAGAGUGGUAAUAGAUUGUGUUAUUACUCAAUGGAUUUGUUAUUAUUUUUACUCUUGUCCUAAUUUCCAUGUCUAGACCAUGCUUUUAACAAAUGACAACAUCCUUGUUAAUUGGAAUGUUAAUCAUUACUUAUGAUUCUGAUCAUAUUAAAACAUCGAAGAUAUUGCCACAAGUCUCCUUGAUUUUAUUAAUCUAAUGCAUUUUUGAUGUUUUUUGGUUGAUUGUUAAUUAUAAAGUUUGGUGGAGUAGUACAUUGAUUUUUGAAUAGCAAUUGUUUGGUAGUAAUAUUAUGAAUUACAUCUCAUUUUAUUGUACCAUGCUUAUUUUACCCAUCAAUUUAGUUUUGUCAGCAUGUUCAUUCAACCUAUCAUUAAAGUAUUUAGGAUUAAAUAAUGUUGAAUUAUGA